AUACAGCUACGGUGACGUUAAGUUUGGGCACCAAAAGGACUUUUUAAGUUAAAGGAAAAUAAAUUAAUUUGGGUUAACACGCUCCUGAGGAACGAACACGUAUUUCCUGGGUGAAAGUAUUAAAAUAUAUUAUUACAUUAGCCUAGAUUUUGCGAAAUUUAUUAGCGGAACUUCCGGCCGUAGCUGUAUCCCUUCUAGCCACAACCCUAGCCGAGUGAAACGGUCAUUUCUGACAUGAAGCGUGAAUAACCGUAACUUAUCGCGAUAAUAAAUAGGAUAUAAACCUACCGGAGAGCAGAGGGACUUCUCAGCAACAGUUCGGCGGGGUUCAUGUCCAUGUCACACGGACUUUAGGUAACAUAAACACGGCUUAUUACCAUCAAGUGCAGGACGCGUGGCGUUAGACAUGUUGGCGCUCAGGUGCAUUGUGGGAGAUCUGCGUGGAGCAGGGCGACUCCUGAGAGCUUUUCCUCUCGUCUCGGCGCCCCCCAGACUUCCUCCGAUGACUCAGCGGCGUUUCCUCUCUCGGGGCGGGAGCCCGUCGGCUUCCUCAGCCAGACUGAAGCUGCGGACGCGUCUGGUGGUGACGCUGCUGGUGGGCGGCGGGCUGGCGGCUGCGUGGCGUUAUGUGUACGCCGAGAAGCAGCAGAAGCUGCGGCAGCAGCGGGUGGAGCAGCUGCGGAAGGUGGCGCUCGGUCAGGGCGCCUUUAGCCUGCUGGACCACCACGGGCGGCCACGCACCAAGGCCGACUUCCUGGGCAGCUGGGUGCUGCUGUACUUCGGCUUCACACACUGUCCCGACAUCUGUCCCGAGGAGCUGGACAAGCUGAGCGCCGUGGUGUCGGCGCUGGACGGGGACGCGUCUCUGGCGCCGGUGCAGCCCGUGUUCAUCACCGUGGACCCGGAGCGGGACGACGUGGCCGCGCUGGCUCGCUACGUGGCCGACUUCCACCCGCGCCUACUGGCGCUGACGGGCACGCCGGAGGAGGUGAAAGCCGCGGGGCGGGACUACCGAGUGUACGCCAGCGCGGGGCCCAGGGACGAGGACGGCGACUACAUCGUGGACCACACGGUGCUGAUCUACCUGGUCAGCCCCGACGGACUCUUCCUGGACUACUACAACCGCACCAAGAGCCAGGAGCAGAUCACCGAGAGCGUCAGGAGGCACAUCAGGAACUACGUCACGCUCAGUACGCCGUAACAACCCGGUCUCAAGAGCCUGGUGCAGGUGUGUUUAGGGCGUGUCCAAAUCCACUUCUGCUAGUUUGACGGCUGAUAAAAAGUGUCCG